AUAGCGCCUGGCUCCAUGGCCUUACCUUUGCUCUUCCACUGCCCCCCAGGCACAUGUGACUGUUCUUCACAACACUGACCCUUGGUAACAACCGCACUGCAGUCUCCACGGGCUCAUACGCAAUUCGCAAAUGUGAUGAGCGCAUGCUUAGGGAUCUCCAGCGUUAGGACCAGUCUAGAGAAGCGGAUUAACUAGGCGAAGAGGUGGUCAAAAUAGGAGCAGCGUUGGAGCCGCCUUGCGCAGCGAGGGGUGAGCGGCAGCCAUGGUAGCGAAUCUCUCGGAGCCGCUGCGGCCUCUGAUGCUGCAGGGCUCUAUGUUCAAAGGGCUGCGAGCCCGCGCCGUGAAGGAGAAGUUCGAGUUCCGUUUUAGGUUCCACGCCACUCGUAUCCCCCUGUCAGGCUACGACCAGCUGUGCGUGUCGGUGAUCUCGUGCGACUCGGGUCGCACGGAGGCGCAGACGACCAAGUCGCCGGUGCGCAACGGCAUCUGCCAGUGGCCGGAGACCGUCACGCAGGUCAUCAAGAUCGCGCGCAACCCCAAGACCAAGGCCUACGACCCCAAGACGUACCGCUUCGUCGUCUCCACUGGCGGCACGUGGGGCACGGUUCUGGGCGAGGCGUCGCUGAACCUGGUGGACUUCAUCAAGUACCGCGAGCUCGACCAGCGCGCGCUGCCGCUCGCUGCCGGCUCCGUCCUCCACGCGACGCUGCAAAGCUUCCCGCUGGACCCCAAGGAAGAGGGAGAGGCGGCAGAGGAGCAACCCGCGGGUAGUAGCAGCACGCUCGCGGAGAGGGACGAAGGCGAUUACUACUAUGACGAUGACUACUAUGGCGAGGACGCAGAGCCCGCGGGUGACGGCGCGCAGAAAGCGGAUCCAGCAGCGCCUGCGCCUGCAGGGGAAGGCGCGGAGAAGGAAGCGGCGGGCGGGGAGCAGCCGAGCGGUGCGCAACUGAGUGGCGCGCCAUCGGCAGCGGAACAAGUUGCGGAGGUACCGGCCAGCGGAAGCAGCAGCAGCGCCGAUACGGGCGCAGUUGACCCAGCGCCAGCGGCGGUAGAGGCGGAGUCUUCCGUCAAGGCGGUGGAGGCGCAGCAGGCGGCGGCGGAGGACAAGGUGUCGUCUUGCGGAGCGACUGAGGGGAGCAACGCGGAGAGCGCGGAGGGCGCAAGCGUUACCAGCAACAGCAGCGGCAGCAGCAGCGCCCCGACAAGCGAGGGGGGAGCUAGCAGCAGUAGCGGCGGCAGUAGCAGCAGCGGCGGCAGCAACAGCGCCGGGGGCGGCAGUAGCGGCGCGAAUGCUAGUGGGAGCAGCGCGAGCAGCAGCAGCAGCAGCGGCAGCAGCAGCACGGCGGGCAAGGCGGCGAGCUUCAUCUACCGCCUGGCUAACGUGCCAGUGGCCUCCAUGAAGCUGCCCGAGCAUCGACCCAAGGUGCGAGGCAAGUCUACUGACACCACCGAUACUUCUGCCAACGCGCCUGCUCCACCCGCUCCCUCCACCACCACCGCCAGCACCAGCAGCAGCAGCGGCGGCGGCGGCGGCGGCGGUGUUGUCGCCACGGCUACCACUGCCGCGUCUGCUGCCGGCGCGGCAGCCGCCAAGCUCUUCCGCCGCUCCGCGUCCCUCAUCGAAGGCGUCGGCGCGGGGAAGGGCGCGUCCUCCCCCGCUACGGCGCCCGCCGCAGCCGCUGCCGCGGGCGGUGAGAGCAGCGCGAAGGGGACUACUGAAGCCGCCGGGGACUCCGCUGAGGGCGCCGCCGCCACAGACGGCAGCAGCCACGUCAGCGCCGGUGCCACGCCUGCUGCCACGUCUGCCGCGCAUACCUCAUUGGCGGCUAGCUUGGCGGGGAUCGCUAGUCCUGCGCUCAGCGCGUCCCCCGCGCUUGCGCCCAUGAAAUCUCCCCCCUCCAGCACCCGCGCCCGCUCCGGCUUCUUCUCCCGCUCCCCCGCCACCCCGGCAGCCGCAAAAGGCUCCCCAGCCGCGGGAUCCCUCCCUCCUCCCAUCGCGCUCCCCGCCGCCGCGUCCCCCGCGCCCGCAACCGCCAAGGCCGGGGAAUCUUCCGCCGCUGGCGCGGAGAGCGCGCUCGGGGAGGACGAGGAGCUUCCGCCGCUGGUGUCGUUCUCGGGGGAGCUCCGCCGCCCGCCGAACCCCUCGCUGGUGGGGGACCCGUACCACCGCAGCGUCGCGAGCGGACCCAUGGAGGUCGGCGGAGGCGGGCGGUUCAUUCCGGGCGCGGGAUACGUGGCGCACCCCGCCGGCGGCGGACUUCACGAUAGCAUCAGCGCGGGGAACCUUGCCGGGGGGAGCCAUGGGGCGCACAAGGACCAGUCCCCUGGGCUCAAACCCGCGGGAAUGCGCGGAUUUGGCCUGAAGCUCUUCCCCCCGUCCUCCCCCAAUCUGCCUCCGCUUCCCGCCAGCGCCAUGUCCCCCACUUCCUGCUUGCUCUCCGCUUCCGCCGCGCCAGAGUCUUCCGCGGGGCUCCCCGCUAGUCUGGGCGGAGCGGGACCAGGUGUGGGCGGCCGGCUCGGCGCGCUUGGCGGAGGGCAGGGACGGUUCCAGAGCCCAUACCGCACGCUGAGCGGCGGAGUGGGGACCGGCGGAGCGAACCCGCUGCGCCACUCCAUGUCGGACGUCCUCAUCGAGGCUGCCCGCGCGGGCGAGGGUGGCGGAAAAGGCGCAGCCGCCGCGGGGGGAGUGGGAGUAGGCGCGCAGCACGAGGGCGGAAUCAGCGUCAGCGCUUCCACUUCCGCGCUUUUCCUCCCCGGAACCGGCCUCCGCCCCGGCUUUGCCACUGCGCUAGGCGCGGGUGGUCCCUCCACGGCCUCAGGAGCGCCGGCUGCGCUGGCGGCGCGCGAUCGCGGAAGGAGCAGCAGCAGCGGCGGAGAGCUACAGGCGGAUUUGGUAGCGGCGGAGGCGGCGAUCGAGGGGCUCCAGCGCGACUGUACGGCGCAGCAGCAAACCUCGCGCGCGCUGAUGCGCGAGGUGGAGGCGCUGCGGGCGCAGCUGGCGGAGUCGCUGGUGGCGGACCGCGCGGCGGAGGCGGAGAUGGCGGCGGUGAAGAGCGAUCGCGACGCGUUUGCGAAGCAGGUGGCGAUCCUGAAGGUGGCGCAGAGCGAGGCGGAGGCGGGGGGAGGCGCGGCGGGCGGAGGCACGUCGCUGCUGAUGGUGAUGCGCGAGCUGGAGUACCACACGGAGCUGACCGCGCAACUCAAGUCGGAAGUGGAGAUGCUCUCGAACAAGCGCGAAGAAACAGACCAAGAGUCUCAAAUGAGCAGAAAAUGAGUAAAGCAACCACGCCUGAGCUCCUCGUCCCUCCCCGCCCUCCACACGCCAAGCCGAGCGUCGCUGGGUGUCCUGUGGUUCACGUGCCGCCAUAAUCAUUAGCAAGGCGACCUCAUGCUUCCUUGCUGCCAUCAACGUACCUCGCCCGUUGCGUUCUCCCGACAAUACUCGCACCUUCUCACAUC